AUGCCGUAUGGUGUGGUGAGAAUAUACUGGGAGACCACCACGCUCGAUCAAGUCGUCAGAUCAGCCGUAAGAAGGCGCGUCGUAGCUUUUCCCGCCGUGCGGUUCGCACGCGGGGACGGGGCCGUAAACAAAGCACAUAACAAGAGCCGCGUGGAGGCGAGAAGGGAUCGUCGAUUGGACUGUCGAUUUAUCGACUGCGCCGCGAGCGUAUUUUACGCGUGCGAUUUGCAUACGACCGAUGAAAUAACAUCCGCCCCGUCGCGUAUCCACUCCGAGAUGAGAUACGCACAUGGCUCGUUCAACAAUCAAUUUGAGGAAAAUAAAUACGCCUUCGAUUUGCGCUGUGCGUGUGCCGCGGUG